AUGACAAUGGAGAAGGGUUUCAACAAAGCUGACGAUGAUAAUAGAACACCUAUUCUUGGCCGUGAUUAUAAUGAACUGGCUAGUAUAUGCGACGAUUAUUUACGUCGUUAUGAAAAUAAAGAAUAUCCGGAUAAUUCUGAUAUUGUUCGAAUAUUUACCACCGAUGAAAUACCAAAAUUAAUUGUAUCAUCUAUUUUAAAAUCAAUGAAAUAUGGUUCAGCCGAGGGUAUCAAACGAUUUUCUCGUUUAUUACAAAUUAUUGAUUUAUAUCCGUCAACAUUGGCUACAAUUGAAAAUAAAUUAAAUGAUAUACCAUGUUGGAUGUUUUUCGAUUGUUUAUAUCAAAUAACAGCCUAUUUAGAUAAACCCAUUGCAUCAAAGUUAUAUCCAGUUAUUGAUCAAAUUAUUACACUAUAUCCACAAGCAAUUGUUUAUCCAUUCAAAGUGAGUUAUGAACGACUAAAAGAUCAAAAAAUGACAGAACAAAUGAAACGUCAAUUACAAAUAAUUAAACAAAAAUUAGCUCGUUUAACAAUGAUUGAUGAUUUUAUAUUGGCAUUAGAACGGUUAAAUAGUCCACAUAUACAAUUUCAAGAUUAUAUGAAAGAAAUAUUAGUUAUAUUAAAAAAACGUGAACGAGAUCAACGUGAUUUACCUAAAUUCAAAGAACUUGUUCUUAAAUUAAAACAAACAGUUUUUCAUGAUCAAGAUGGCGUAGAUGAUGAUGAAGAUGAAAGUGAACUAUUGGGAACAUCUGCUGAUAAACCAGUUGUUAUAUCUACCCAAGAUAGUAUUUAUGACGAUAAAAGUGAGCAAACUUCCACACCGAAUACAACACAAUCGAAAAAAAUAUCAUUAAGAAAACAAUUAAAACAACAUUAUGAAAAAGAAUUUGAUAAAAUACUUGGAAAAGAUUGUGAAAAUUUUUUAACAUUAACAUAUGAUCAUGUACAUAAAGCAUUUCAAGCAUUAUUUAAAAAUUUAGAAAAAUAUGUUAAAACAAAAACUUCAGAAACAUUAAGUGAAUAUUCAACAUGGUUUAGUGCAACAUUUCGUCAACAAACCGUAAAUAUUGGUCAAUCGAGUAAAGAUAUUGAAAUACCGGGACAAUAUACAAGUAAAAAACGGCCAAUAUUAGAACAUCAUAUUAAAAUUGUUGGUUUUGAUGAAAAAAUAUUAACACUUAAUUCGUUGAGACAACCAAAACGUUUAACAAUUCGUGGUCACGAUGAAAAUGAUUAUCCAUUUUUAAUUAAAGCUGGUGAAGAUAUUCGACAAGAUCAACGUAUACAAGCUUUAUUUAAUUUAAUGAACGAUUUAUAUUCGAAUGAUCCUAAUUGUAAUCAAUCUUACUCAUCUCAGAUUAAUGUUCGAACUUAUAAAGUAAUUCCCAUGACCACAAAAAUUGGUAUAAUUGAAUGGUUAGAUAACACUAAAACAUUAAAAGAUGUACUGGAUAGUUCGUAUACUGACGAAGAAAGUCAAGAAAUGCAAACAAAUAUUACUGAUCCUAGAGCAAAAUACUACGAGUUCUUUACAAAAGUAUGGAGCAAAGUACCAGAUAAAUCGUCACAAUCAACAGCCACCUCCGUGUAUGGUGAAUCUUAUAUACAUUGUAAGAAAGAAGAUAUUCAAGAAAAUUUUCGUCAAAUACAAAAGUAUAUUCCGUAUGAUUUACUAAGACGUGCCUAUUAUAAAAUGGCUAAUUCACAUGAAGGAUUUUAUACAUUGAGAAGUCAAUUUAUUGUAUCGUAUGCUGUUCUAUGUACAAGUCAAUAUAUUUUGGGUAUUGGUGAUCGACAUCAGUCAAAUUUUUUAAUUGAUACAACAAGUGGUCAAGUGAUAGGAAUUGAUUUUGGUUCGGCAUUUAACGCAUCAACAAUAAGUCUUCCAGUUCCUGAAUUAAUACCAAUACGUUUGACUCGUCAACUAGUUAAUUUAAUGAAUCCCAUUGGUACAUGUGGCCUGUUUCGUUCAACUAUGAUUCAUACGAUGAAUGCAUUGAGAGAAAAUUCAGAUUUAUUACUAAGUACAAUGGAUGUAUUUAUCAAAGAACCAUUAAUGGACUGGGUGGAUUUGGCAAUAAAAUCCAGUAGACAACAAGUGUCAGAUAGUGAUACUGCUACGCAUGCACAAGGAACAUUAUAUGCUAAAGAACGAAUUAAUAGUGCUCGAAACAAAUUGAAUGGUAUUAAUCCGGCGACAAUAACCUGUAAUGAUCUCAAAAUAUCGACAAUAUUAAAUCAAACACAAAGUUACAAAAAAUUUUUAAAACCUAUGAUGGCUAUUGCUGGUGGCGAUAUAAAUCAAAAUAUUCGUGCUCAGUUAGCAGAAAAAAGUAAAGAUCAACAUCAUAAACUUAGUGUUGAAGAACAAAUUGAUUGUAUCAUUGAUCAGGCAACCGAUUUGAAUAUUCUUGGACGAAGUUAUGUUGGUUUAGAAACAUUUAUGUAA